GUGAUGUCAAUUAUCUGUGUUAAGACCCGGAUAUUAUUCACAACCUGCACACAGUUCAAUCAGCAGAGAGGCGGAGUGGUGAUGAGUUGGUGCAUCCAUGAACGCACGUCGGCGACACGGUCCUAGAAGCAGCCAGGACGGGGUGUACACUGGGCCGUCUCAGACCCAGUCCCAGCUGGUCCAGCAGCUGGAAACCCCCCUGGCUGUCCCAGCACCCAUCGCCCCUGUCUUAGACACAUUCAGCAUGUCCUGUCGAGACCGUACCAGUGAGUUUCAGUCUGUGUGCAAGUCCCUGCAGGGGAGACAGAAUGGAGCACAACCUGUCAGAGCUGUCAACAGUGCAGUCCGACAGCGGAGUGAAUUCACGCUCUUGGCUAAGCGAAUUGGAAGAGACCUCAGCAACACUUUUGCCAAGUUGGAGAAGCUCACAAUCCUUGCCAAAAGAAAGUCCCUUUUUGAUGACAAAGCAACUGAAAUCGAUGAACUCACUUACAUUGUGAAACAGGACAUUAACAGUCUAAAUAAGCAGAUAGCUGGCCUGCAGGAAGUCGUUCGAUCACGGAGUGGACAGAAUGGCAGACAUCUUCAGACACAUUCCAACACCAUCGUAGUCUCAUUACAGUCCAAACUGGCUUCGAUGUCAAGUGACUUCAAGUCAGUCCUGGAAGUCAGAACAGAGAACUUAAAACAGCAGAGAAGCAGGCAAGAGCAAUUUUCUCAGACUCCUGCCUCAUCCUCCUCUUUCCACACCAACAGCUUCAACAAUUCAGUGCUUAUGCAGGACGACUCCAAGAAGACGGAUAUAUCUAUAGAUAUGGACCUCAGCUCUAGUCAGCAGAUGCAGUUAAUCAAUGAACGGGAUUCAUACAUUCAGAACCGUGCAGACACUAUGCAGAAUAUAGAGUCCACCAUUGUGGAGCUCGGCUCCAUAUUUCAGCAGCUGGCUCAUAUGGUGAAAGAACAGGAAGAGACCGUACAGAGAAUUGAUGCUAAUGUAGAGGACACUCAGCUGAACGUGGAGCUAGCGCACUCCGAGAUACUCAAAUAUUUCCAGUCUGUGUCCAACAACCGCUGGCUGCUCAUCAAGAUGUUCCUAAUCCUCAUCAUUUUUUUCAUUGUCUUUGUGGUUUUCAUGACCUGACUUCCACUCUUAAAAGGGACCGAUUUAAAAGGAAUGAAAGGGGCUGUUCUCUCAGUCUUCUUUUUUCUCUUCUCUGCUCACUGGCCGCUGAGCUCUGUUUUAGUGAUCGUUUUCCUCAAAAUAGAUGGCAUUUCAUAUUUAUAAGCCUCAAUUCAGUGUAGGCAGAGCAUUUGUCAGUUUGUAGUCUAUUUACAACAGUUUGUCCAUUUACAUUUCAAUCUGAUAUGUUUCUGUAUCUGUAGAGCAAACUCUUGGAAAUGAUUGUCCAUAAUUAGCUUUUCUAAAUCACACAGAUUGCAGAGAUAUCCUUGAGUAAAGCCAGCAAUCGUCUCAUGGAUAAAGAACCACCAUUUUAACAAAUUCUGGGUGACUUUUGAUUGGUAUUAAUCAUGAUACACGCCUUUAGUCAUCAUGUGUUCUGAGACCUUUUUAACAGAAUCCCUCUUAUAUUCUGCCUGCUGCAGUAGACCACCAAGCCAUCUCAAAUGACAGUAAUGCUUCUACACGUUUAUGGUGACUGACUAGAGGUUUUUAAUGUGUAUUCUUUCUAGUUUGGAUUUUGGGAUCGAUUACCACUUUUGCACAACUUGUGAAUACAGCUAGUUCAGCAGGUGAGAAAUCCGUAUUUGGAUCUAGUGACAUUUUCCAACCUUUGGCCAUGAAUCAUGAGUUAUACAACUCAGACAGGAUUUAUUUUUAAUUUCAUUGGGUGUUUUAAUCAUCCUUCAUAAGCUUGUUUGUACACUGCGGUUCAGCCAGGGGGUCCAUGAGAAUACUGCUUUCCAGAUCUCAACGUAAAUGGUGUUUUUUAGAGAAUACACUCAUUUGUGUUUAACUGGACUUUGAGAUUGGGGGAAAGUCCCACCCCACCAUUUGUGAAAUGCAUACUGUAAAAUG